AUGUCGUCUGGCGCUCAUGCCGGCUUGAACGAAGCCGACGGGUCUCACGGACGUAGAGACUCGUAUGGCAGCACGGACAGCUUGGACAAGAAGGGCGACGAGUCUGGUCGUCCGAUCGCUUUGACGAGGGUACAUGGUGAUGGUCACGACGGCGAGUCUUUUGACGCUGUACCGCAAGAGAAGCGGACCAUUGGCUUGGUCUCCGCCAUCUUCCUCAUCUUCAACCGUGUCAUCGGCACUGGCAUCUUCGCCACACCCUCCUCCAUCCUGGCGAGCGCAGGCUCUGUCGGCCUCGCCCUCUUCAUGUGGGUCAUUGGCGCGCUCAUCGCCACUGCCGGUCUGGCAGUAUAUGUCGAGUUCGGCACUGGACUACCGCGGUCCGGCGGAGAGCUCACAUACUUGAGCUACAUCUUCACUCGUCCACGGUAUCUCGCAGUCGCUAUGUUUGCUGCAUACGCUGUCACGAUGCCAUGGCCAGCAGGCAACUCUGUUGUUUUUGGAGAAUACAUCUUGCUCGCAGCAGGCGUGGAGCCUACACAGUGGAACCAGCGCGGCAUCGGAAUCGGCUGCGUUACCUUUGCUCUCAUCAUGCAUGGCGUCUUCCUCAAGUGGGGAUUACGACUACAAAACGCGCUUGGCCUAUUCAAGAUCGCCAUCCUCCUGCUGAUCUCUAUCUCUGGCUGGGCAGCCUUGGCGGGCCGCAUCAAGCUUCCUGAGGACCAGAAGCCACACAACUUCGACAACGCGUUCGCCGGCACCUCGAGCAACGCCAACGCGUUCGUGACGGGCCUCUACAAUGUCAUUUGGUCGUUCAUCGGCUACUCCAACGUCAACUACGCUCUCUCCGAGGUCAAGAACCCUGUCCGUACUCUCAAGAUCGCGGGCCCGCUUGCGAUCGGCUCCGUAUCGAUUGUAUACAUGCUCGUCAACGUCGCCUACUUCGCCGCGGUCCCCAAGGCCGACAUCUUGACAUCCGGACAAACCGUUGCCGCGUUGUACUUCGAGAACAUGUUCGGACAGUCCGCCAGCAAGGCGUUGAGCGUGUUCGUCGCUCUUAGCGCCCUAGGAAACGUCAUGGCUGUGCUAUUCAGUCAGGGUCGUAUCAAUCAAGAGCUCGGACGUAUGGGUGUCCUCCCGUUCUCGAGGUUCUGGGCGUCGAACAAGCCGUUCAACGCGCCGUUCGCGGGUCUCGCACUUCAGUGGCUGAUGUGCGUGAUCAUCAUCGUUGCGCCGCCGCCUGGAGACGCGUACAACCUAAUCUUGAACAUGGUCUCGUAUCCCCUAGCCAUCAUCAACUCGUUCAUCAGCGGCGGUUUACUCCUGCUCGGAUACACGCCCCUGGGCGCGCGCCUAUCCUUCGUAUGGUCCCCGCCCUUCCGCGCUUCGUUUCCCGUCGUUGCGUUCUUCUUCCUCUCGAACCUGUUCCUCACCUUUGCGCCGCUCGUUCCGCCCGCACCGGGUCAGAGUGUCUACGAGAGCCUGCCGUACUGGCUGCACGUCGUUAUUGGUGCGGGUAUUUUCGUCAUCGGCGCGAUCUACUGGGUGUUCUGGGCGAAGGUACUGCCGAAGGUUGGGAGGUACCAGCUGGUCAAGAAGGAGGAGGUGCAGUAUGAUGGCGUCCCCCGGGAUGUGUUCGUGCGGGUGCCGAUUGGCGCGGAGCAUUAG